CGGCGGCCGGCACCAAUGGCGGCGCGGGGCUCCGACUUCCUGGUGAUAGAAGAGCUGUACCUGAACGGGCGGGCCCUGCUGGCCGCCGCCGCGUACCUGCUCCACGAGCUGCUGGCCAUUCGGAAAGAGGAAGAGCUUGAUUCAAAAGAUGCUAUCAUACUGCAUCAGUUUUCAAGGCCUAGGAAUGGUGUUCCGAGUUUAUCGCCGUUCUGUCUGAAAAUGGAAACAUACUUGAGGAUGGCUGAUUUACCCUACCAGAACUAUUUUGAUGGAAAACUUUCCCCUCAAGGGAAAAUGCCUUGGAUUGAAUACAAUCACAAGAAAGUAUCUGGCACCGAGUUCAUUAUUGACUUUUUGGAAGAGAAGCUUGGAGUGAAUUUAAAUAAACACCUUGGGCCACAUGAAAGAGCUGUUUCCAGAGCUGUGACAAAAAUGGUGGAGGAGCACUUAUACUGGACUUUAGCUUAUUGCCAAUGGGUGGAAAAUCUUCAUGAGACGCAAAAGAUGGUUUCUCUUUUUGGCCCCUUCAGCGACUUGCUGAAGUGGAUCUUCUGCCAUCUGACCAAAGGAAUCGUGAAGCGGGAAAUGUACGGCCAUGGCAUUGGCCGCUUCUCAGAGGAGGAGAUGUACACGCUGAUGGAGAAGGACAUGCGGACUCUGGCAGGCCUCCUGGGUGACAAGAAGUACAUUAUGGGAUCAACUGUUUCCACCGUUGAUGCCACCGUCUUUGGACAUCUGGCACAGGCAAUGUGGACGCUACCAGGGACUCGACCAGAGAGACUAAUCAAAGGUGAACUGAUUAACCUUGCUAUGUAUUGUGAAAGAAUAAGGAGGAAAUUUUGGCCAGAAUGGCACCAUGAUGAUGAUAACACUCUGUAUGAAUCCGAGGAAAGCAGCGAAGCAAGCAAGACUUACUCACCUUUGCAGGACUUCAGUUUUUAUUCAAGGACAGAAACAUUUGAUGAGGAAGGGAAUAGUAUUUCCCAAACGCCUGAUACCGAUUACACUGGACACUCCCUCUUUGAUUCAGAUGUGGACAUGGAUGAGUACAGAGAUCAGGAACAAUGCAAGUGAUGUGUACAAGUGUCUCCCAUUGUGCAGAUAAGCUGUUUCUUGGGGUCAGUCUGAUUUGUUUUCUCCUUCAGGUCAGGAAGAGGUUUAUACCACUUUGGAAGAGACCAUUGUGCUUGACUCAGCUGUCACGUGCUACUUGGACUAUUUCAACUGUAUUUCAUUUUGUCUUACUGUGCAGGUGGAACCAAGGUAAACACUUAUUUAAAACACACGUGGGCAAACUAGAGCUCUAGAGGACAACAGGACCUUUCCAUCUACAUUUUUGUUCGUACUCAAAAACAGAUCCCCCAUCCAAGUGGGACAGAAUUCUGGGAAGUGGAG